GAAGAUUGAAUCGGGGGCGAGUGCGGAGAGCAGCUGGAAUCUUCUUGCCGAGUCGGAAUUGAGGACACGGGGAGAUGCGACCGACGAUGCAUUGGGCAUUCAAUGCAACUGACAGAAGACAUUCUUGCUAUUCUGUGCUCGUCGUGGAGAUUGGCGGAACUCGGUGUCUAUAAGAGUUGAGCCUCCGCGCGCUCUGGGGCAGAUGGUGCCGGAAUUUACUUCACAUGGGGAUGGGGAGGGGACAUGAUUGUUUGGCUCUCUCUUGGACCAUGUAGUCGCUCGAAUUCUGCUCCUCAUCGGCCCGGAGCCGAGGCCGUGAUGAAUCUUACAUUGAUUUGAAUUCAGUGCGGAAGCCAAGAUCGUCGUUCCGGGAAAAUUCGAACACUCCACCAGAGAGCGAGUUUCCACCAGCCCUAGAUGUGAUGCACCUCUCACGAGCCAGUGUUUCGCAUAUGUCUGCAUUCUCAAAGGUUCUGGAAGGGAAACUGGAUUGUGCUCUUUAGUGAAUUGCGCACGCGACAUGGAAUUAGCCUGGUGGCUGCAAGUAGACCCACAUUCUCAGCAGCAGCAGCAGCAUCCCGAAACAAUCCGGCCUCGGUAGAGCUGUGGCAACCACCGAUCUCGCGACCCCGGGAUUACACCCAACGAUUGCUGAACGUCUCGUUUGACAGGAUGAAAUUCAGAGGCAGUCGUAGGGUUGGAAUGAUGCAUGCUGCAUAAUGCUGAAGGCGCUUUGUGAGCAAGUUCCUGUGAACGGUGUGUCGUUGUGAAGGUUGUUUUCGAGGGUGUUGUGCUCCGCGUGCUGUGAUGCAAACGGUGCUGAAGCCCCAAAAUGUCAAUCUGCAGUUUCGAAAUCCAUUUCCAGCAUUGAUAAUCAGCAGGCUAAUAUGGACGAAACGGGAAAAGCUCAAGAGCAGGGCAGGCGUGGAAGCAAGACACCAACAGACUCUUCCAACCCAACACCGCCGACGAGUGAUCCCAACCCUCUGGACUCGAACUUAACGGAGGAGCAGAGAGCCGAAGAAAGUCUGCUUUGGCAACAAGCUCUGUCAGAGUCUCUGGCCAAAGUGGCGGAAUGCAUACAUGCUAUUCCGCCGGGGCUCGAGCACAUGGACUCUUCCUUGUCGCAGACCUUGCAGACUGUGGCAGACGAGUGCCGGAAUGCUAUCCCCAGACGAGCAGGGACCAAAGGCCUCGACUCACCCACGGGCAGCCCGUACACGAAGUCGGACAUUGUGGAAAUUAGACUCACUGAACUAGAGUCGAAGUUUCAUCUGUUAUAUGCGUAUGCCAAAUCCAAUGCCCACGCCAUCGCAAGAGCAUACAACAGAUCCUGUGUCAGGCUUUCUGAUUUGUUAUGUCCUCUCCUGGAUAAGGAGGAAAUGGUCCCUCCAGACUUCCCAGAUACUCUUGGGCAGUUCCAACAGCUCCCAGGUGAAGCGGUGAUCAGGUUACUUGCGAGCUACCGAGUGCCUGAGAUACCCGAAUCAGAUGAAGAGAGACGGAUCGACCUGGCCAGAUACAUCGGAGUUAACAUCUGAAGACCUUCGCCACCGAGGACCACCACUCAAAACCUUGAAUUGAAUGGAGUUGGCACUCGGAGAAGCCCAACCCUCUCCUUACCUCGUAGCCCAUCUCCUCGCAGGCAACUCAACUGGCUUAUUGGGAUGCCAAUGAGAUUCUGACAAAGUUCCUGGAUUCAAACUUCCCUUUCUCCGAGAACAUUGUGCGCUCUGAUGGUGACUGCGAUCACAAGGACACACUGAUUGCUCUCACAUCGUGUCAUUGUGAUAGCACUCAAGAUGGAAAUGCACAGUGCUCCCUGAGGAAGAAAAAUUUGAACCCAGGAACAUUGUUAGAGUCUCAUUCACAUCCCUGCAAGUCACUAGGUGAUGCCCUUGUGUAGCCGAAACCAUCAGGCUUUGAGAACUAGAUGUCCACAAUGAACUAGAGAUGAAUGAAACAAACAAUUUUGCUUGAGCACGAGAUUAGAUUAGAUUAGAUUAGAUUAGAUUACUGUGAUCCUUCGAUGUAGUUUCAAGUUUCGAGCUGGAGUUCAUAACGAUAUUUCAUGGUUUUCAUAGACAAACCUCGGAUGAAUUCUGUCGUUUUCGAUAUCAAGUUCCAGGCUCCACUGCAGCUGCAACAUAUUAUUGCGAACAUGAUCGAGAUCACUGAAGGCGGUAAUGCAGGGCCAGAUGAAAGCUUAAAGCCCAGAAACUUUGAGCGUCUGGGACCACUACAGGUCCACACUCAAGCCAAAAUUUGUGCAAAUCCGACUAAAGAAAUCGCGCAUCGAGGGCUUAUCAGUUCGAAGUGGAUGAGGCGGCUGGAUUCCUCAUUUAUGGCACGAUCGGUGUUCGCUGCGAGAGCUCUUGCUAAAGUUCAAAAUGUGGAUCUUUUGAGAAGGGCGUCAUAAAUUGCGAGUUGCAUGGAGCUUCAUUACGAGGGGUAGAGAAAGGUAGUUGGGUGUUGCACCUGGACUCACGGGGACUUUCCAAGAUCUUUUGCUAUGAUGAAUCCUGGCCUCUUUAGAAAAAGCCGAGUCUUUUAAUAGGGGAAUGUAGAUCGAUGGAAUCAAGACGGGGAAUGUCUUUUAAGGCGGAGAACAUGAUGUUUAUGGCGCUUAGGCGGAAAUCUGUGUUGGCAAGCAAGCUCCAGACCGAACACCGAGCUCCAGGCAUUCAUGUUCCUCGUACCGGAUUUGUACCACGAACAAGAGCGUAACUACCACAUUCCUUCUUGACGACCAUGAAUCCAACAAGUGAUGCUCGCAGUGAUGCGUCCCGAGUACGAGGCCGUGACAGUAAAGACGCAGAUAGCAAGAGGAGGGCCAGCGUUGCCCCUGUACUUUCCAACAUCCAUCUCGAACCCCUCGUGAAACACCAUCGAGCUCCCUGGCGGACUGUCGUAGCUGGUUCUUCCUUUUUGAUCGACGAGCAAUGAUGCGCUCUACCACGCCCUCCCGAACGUGGGAGCUAGAGCAUGAUUCGGUGCAAUUUGCGCAACACUCCGGCUGCUCUCGCUCUUUCUCUAAAAAUCUGCACAGGAGGUUACUCAUUUUGACAGCAACAGCAACAGCUCGUCCGGAUAGACCUGACAGAGUCUGUCCUGGCUCGCAUCCUAUCCAUGGACUCGUCUUUUCACGAAGACCAACUGUUUCCGAGAGAAAGCACUCGAUCGCUCACUGAGUUCGUUGAAAGCUGCUGCUGCUGCUUGCGAAAGGGCUCCGGGGCAAGGGGAUGUGGCAUGUUCUUGCCUUCACCUUUUC